AGGUCAUCAGUGGUUACAACGGAACCGUGUUUGCUUACGGUCAAACUGGUUCUGGUAAAACUCACACUAUGAUGGGAAAUAUGGACGAUGAUGAAUUUAAAGGUCUUAUCCCUCGUAUUGUAGAACAAAUUUUUCACAGCAUCAUUGUUUCCCCACCAACAAUUGAAUACACUGUAAAAGUCUCUUAUAUGGAAAUUUAUAUGGAAAGAAUUAGGGAUUUACUUAAUCCUCAAAAUGAUAAUUUGCCUGUACAUGAAGAAAAAAAUAGAGGUGUUUAUGUCAAAGGUCUGUUGGAAGUAUACGUCAGUUCUGUACAAGAAGUGUACGAAGUAAUGAAACGUGGUGGAAGUGCCCGUAUUUUUGCAUACAAAAACAUGAACGCUGAAAGUUCCAGAUCACAUUCCAUUUUUGUUAUUACUAUCAAUCAAAAGAACCUUUCUGAUGGUAGUGUAAAGAGUGGUAAACUAUCGCUUGUCGAUUUGGCUGGUUCCGAAAAGGUUGGUAAGACAGGUGCUUCUGGUCAAACUCUUGAAGAAGCUAAAAAGAUCAAUAAAUCCUUGUCCGCACUGGGAAUGGUUAUUAACGCUUUAACUGACGGAAAAUCAGCACACAUUCCAUAUCGAGACAGUAAACUUACCAGAAUUCUUCAAGAAUCUCUUGGUGGUAAUUCCCGAACAACAUUAAUGAUAAACAGUUCUCCCUCCUCUUUCAACGAAUCGGAAACUUUGAGUACUCUAAGAUUCGCUAAAACUAUCAAGAACAAGGCUAAAGUCAACGCCGAACUCAGUCCUGCUGAACUUAAGGCUCUUCUCAAGAAGGCCAAGAGUGAAGCUGUUAGCUUCCAACAAUAUAUUUCAGCUCUUGAAGGAGAAGUCGGUGUAUGGCGUUCUGGCGGCACUGUACCAAAAGAAAAAUGGGUCUCAAUGGAAAAAUCUACAGGUUCUGCAGCGGCACCAACUACACCUACUUCUGCGACCAAUCCGCAAAUUGAGGGUGUAAAGAAAGAGGAAUCAAAUGAAUCAAGGCCAGGCACUCCUGCUCCAAUCUUAGAAAAAGAUGAACGGGAAGAAUUUUUGAAACGUGAAAAUGAUCUCACUGAUCAGAUUGCCGAAAAAGAAUCCGAAUUAGCGGCCAAAGAGAAACUUCUUGAAGAGAUUAAGGAGGAACUUGCAUCUUAUAAAGAACAGGAAGAAUCAACGAGUAAGGAAAACAAACAAAUGACAAGCGAGCUUAAUGAACUUAAGCUUCAGUUGGAGAAAGUCACAUACGAGAAUAAAGAAAGUGCUAUAACAAUGGACAGUUUACGUGAACAGAAUACAGACCUAUCCAACGAGAUCGAACAACUUAAGUUAGCUCAAAAAGAAGGUGAUAAGGAACAAAAGAAAAACGAGAGAAUGGCUCAAAUGCUCGCAGAACUUGAUCCAUCGGGUGUGAUUACUGCUAAAGAAAAACAAAUUCGUGAAACUCUACUUAAACUUGAAUCAAUCGAUGGUGAUGGUGGCGCUUCACUUACAAUAGAAGAACUCGCAACAGUACGUCGCGAAUUGGCUGAAUCAAGAAAUUUAGUUUCAACGCACGAGCAAACCAUUAAUGAAUUACACUAUGAAAAUGAACGUCUAACAAGACAAAGAGAUGAAUUUGAAAUUCGUUUGUCUACCUUAGAAACCGAGUAUGAAGAAUUGCUAGAUAAAACAAUUGCUGAAGAAGAAGCAAACAGUAACAUUGACAUCAACGAAACAUUAGCAGAAUUAAAGGGUAAACUUGAGGCUCAAUUCACUGCCAAGAAAGAAGUACAACAAAAAGAAAUUGAAGAGUUAAAACAAGAGCUAGAGAAAAAGAAUGAAGAACUGCACAAACUAAACAGUGCCCUUACUGAUUUGAAACGAGCAAAUGAAGAAUUACAGGUAAUAGUAUUUCCGAAAGCUGAGAUGAAUGCACUUAACGAUAGAGAAAAGGAAGUGCGGCCUGAUAAUCAAAAAACUGCUGCAGAUAAAGAAAAAGAUAUGGAGCGAAUUCGCAAAACCAUGGCACAGCAAUUGGCCGAUUUUGAUGUUAUGAAAAAAGCUCUAAUGCGAGAUCUACAAAACCGAUGUGAAAAAGUUGUUGAACUUGAAAUCUCAUUAGAUGAGACACGAGAACAAUAUAAUAACGUUUUACGUAGCAAUAAUAACAAAGCACAACAAAAGAAAAUGGCAUUUUUAGAAAGGAAUUUAGAACAACUAACAAAUGUACAAAAACAACUUGUUGAACAAAAUUCAUCAUUAAAGAAAGAAGUGGCUAUCGCUGAGCGGAAACUUCUUGCACGUAAUGAACGUAUUCAGGCUCUGGAAGCCUUAUUGCAAGACGCACAAGAGAAACUUACCACACAGAAUCAAAAAUUCGAGGCGCAGUUACAAGCCGUACGUGAGCGAUUAGAACAAGCAAGAUCAACAUCUUCACUCGCUGGACUUCCCUUCGGCCGAAUUGCUAAACCUCUUCGAGGUGGUGGUCUACCCGUAUUUGAAGCUAAUGGGUGCGACUAA